GGGCAGGGCGGGCCCGCCCCCGCCCAGCCCUGCGGGACGCGGCGCCGCCAUUGGCGCGGGCCGGGGCGUCCUCCCGCCGCCGCCUCCCUCUCCUCAGACAGGCUUCUGCCGGCCGGGAUGAGGUAGCUGGGGCUUGCUGCUCAUCGGAGGGAUGGGGUUCAUUAUAUCAAUGAAGCAGUUACUCUGAAGCGCUAAGAGACCCUGAUGCAGCCAUAGCUGACUCUCCUCCUCCAACGUUAUUCUUCUGAGUUUUUUCAAGAAGAGGUUUUUGCCUUUGGCGGUUGGAAUUGUCUUGGAAUGUUUUGGUUGCUCCUGAACACUGGACGUGCUGGGUCAGUGAACUGGUACUCCAAGAAGCAGAGCUGAGAGGGCAGGCUGAGAAAAUAUCACUGCAAUGUCAAGCAGCAAUGCAGCACCUUCCCCGAAGUCUGUAAUCUAAGGAAACAUGCACUUACUCAACUGCAACAAAGCAAUAUCUGUGGCUUUUUAAAUCACUGAUAGUGACGUGGUCCAGCUUUCUCAGUGCCUGCUGAAAAAGACUUCAAGUCUUUUAUACCUUUAAGAGAGACUAUAGGUCUGUCUUCCUCAGCAGGAUUUAAGAUCUUCCUGGACACUUCACCCUUGCCCACACGCACACGACAAGAUGAUCGACCUAAGCUUCCUAACAGACGAGGAACAAGAGGCAAUAAUGAAGGUGCUGCAACGGGACGCAGAGCUUAAAAAAGCUGAAGAAGAGAGAGUCAGGCACUUACCAGAAAAAGUCAAAGAUGAUGUUCAGCUGAAGAAUAUGAGUGGACAGUGGUUUUACGAAGCAAAGUCAAAGAGGCAUAGAGAUAAGAUCCAUGGAGCAGAUAUUAUUCGAGCUUCCAUGAGAAGGAAGCCUGCUACUCUUGCUGAAGUGAGUCAGAGCAAAUCAAACAAAGCAAAGAACAGCUGGGUGAGCAAUGUUAACAAAGAAGCCUUUGUGCCACCAGAACUACAUGGCAUUGUGGAACACCAAGAAGAAGAAGAACUGAAAUCUAGUUCAAGUCCUAACCCAGAAACCUCUUUGUUAGACAAACAAGAUAGAUCUGUGAAGGCAGCAGUAUCAACAGUAAAGCAAAGGAGAAAUCCAUUUAAUUCCAUUGUAUCAAGUGAUGACUUGAACAGUGGAGAAUCAGAAAGCAGACAAGCCAUUCUACCUCAGCUAUCAAAUACGGAAAUUUUGUUACCUUCAAAAGAGAGCCAACCUAAAGCAAACUUACUAAAUGAUGAAACGGAGACAUCUAAGAAACCUUCUGAAGAACCUACUGAGGAAUCACAGAAAGGAACAGUUAAGCGUCCUGUCCCCAAAGCUAGAAAAUUAGUUCACAAAGUAACUAAUUCAGUGCCACAGGGAGAAGACUUUGUUCCCAAACCAGCAAAACGGACCCAGGGGGUUAAUGGCAUUUGUACACUGCCCAGGGGCAUUCUGAAGCGCAGUUCAAGUUCCAGUUCCACUGACUCAGAAGUUCGUGCUAAUCAGAUGUUGGAUGUUCAGAGUAAGAAUGGUCUUCCUACCACAACUAUUUUAGAAGGAGAAGCUGACAGGAAUUCUCUUAUGGAAGAAGCAGAAGAUUCCGCACAAAUUUCACUGGAAAAAUUAAAACAAGUGAGGUUUUCUUCUAGCAUAGGAAAAGGAGAACCUUUGCAAAGCCCACAGCUACAUCAUAGAAGAGAAACACGAGCGUCUGAUUUGUUAAAAUCUAAUGAAGUAAAGACCAGUGAAAGUGAUGCUAAUAGAUCAGAUUCUCUUGAGAAUAAACAAACUUCCACUGUACAGUCUCUGGAAACCUAUUCAUCAGCUCUACAAGUGAAAACAAUAGAUAGUUUAGAAGAAGAUAUGUCAGCAUCCUGUCCUCAUGGCACUAAUAAGUCAGUCUCUCUUGUUAAUCAAACACUGCAGACAAAGACCGUUACUCCUAAGAAACUUGAAAUUCCAGAGAAGACCUCCACCAAUAUCCUACCAAAGAACAAAAAUGGACAGAAUGUUGAUCAAACAUGUGAAAAUAAAUCCAAUGAGUUCCUGAGCCGUGAAUCAGUACCUCUCAAAAACUUUACUGAUGAACAUCUGCUUUCUGCUGAGACAAAAACCCAGGAACUGUCAGAUAUAAAUUCUGCAGGUCUUCAACAAGGUAAGCCUGAUCUUGUUGAGGAACAAGAUGCUAAAAUCAUUUUCAAGCCUGAGAAAGAUGCUGAUGAAAUUGUGGAAAUGGCUGAUGAAUCUGUAUCAAAAGUCUUAGAUUGGUUUGAAAGAAGUUCUGGUACUGAAGAUAGGAAACCUGAAUCAGCCAGAUCCCAAGGCGGGGAACUCAAAGAAGUGAACUUUACAACCAGAACAGUUAUUCCCACAGAGCACAGUGGAACUAGCGUGGGUGGAAAAAUGCAGGUUAGAGAAGAGUCACCAUUUGGAAAGAACAAACAACUGAGUGCUAUUUCGCCUACCACGCUUAUUUCAGAAGAUAUACAGCUGAUAAAAGAGAGGAGGAGACCUAAGCAGAGUGAAGAGAAUGAGGAGCAAAAUGAGAAAUCCCUAACUGAGCUUGACUAUACAAGAAUUGAAACAAAAGAAUCUGAUGAAGAAAUCAAGCAACAAAAUCAAAUAAAUGUCUUGAAACAUUGUGAACACAAGUUACCAACUCAGAAAUGUGUAUUGGAAAAGACAAUAACAGCAAAAAGAAGAAUUAGGGAGAUUAGAGCAUUUUGGGAAAAGCGUGAAACUAUCCCUGGUCAGGGAAAGAAAGAAGUUGGUAUCCGUGCUAAUACAUCACGUGGUGGUGCAUUGGAAGGUCUCAAAGAAAGCAACAAAAUAAAACCAACUGCACUACACUUACCUUAUGGGUUGGAUGAUCAGAGCAAGGGUACAUUAAGUGCUGAAUCAAGACGUGCAAUCCAGGCUUCAAAAAAUGAACAUCAAAACUCUUUUGAGUUUGGACCAGGCCACACAGUUAAAAAAACAGAAAGACCACUUCCAUAUGAGGGUAAAUUUAAUGAAUGUACAAAAUUGACAAAAGACAGUAACUUGCAGUCAAGAGUUGAUGUCACUUCAGCUUCCCCAGAAAUCAAAGAUAAAGAUGGGAAAGAGGCAUUUAAAGGAAAAGUUGCUCCUUUUUCCCAGCAGAAGUCCAGUUUUCAGGCUUUGUCUUUAAAAGAAAAAAUUGAUGAAAAGUCCAAGAAUCAAAUUUCAAGUCCUUCACAGUUUCAGAGUCUGAGAAACUUUUGGGAUACUGGAAUUAAGUUACAAAACAGCAUUGAUAGGGGAGAUGUUUCUUCACCAAAUAAUACUAUCCAGAAUAAUACUUUUAUAACCUAUGACAGAAAAUCAGAGGAAGAUAAGGGCAGACAUAAUGUGAGCAAACAAGAGUUAAGCCAACAACAAACACAAGCAUCUGAGAAAGAAAAACCAGAGCAAUUAGAUUCUGUGGUAUGCAAACUGCCUCUGGGAUUUCUUACUUUGAGAGGUAUGAAUGUGACACACACAAAAAAUAAAGACACUGUCCAACCAGUCAAAAAGCCAAUCAUCUUUCAACCACAGGAAAAGAUAGGUCUUCAGAGGCAUGAAGGUAAAGAAUGUAUAGAUAAAAAUAUUGUUUCAUCAAAAGAACAUCCUCUCAGAGGUUCUCAAAGGUACUCUGAGCAAAACCUGCCCAGAGAAAUCAUUGCAUAUCAACCUUCUGAAUUAGGUGUAGGGAUGAAAACACGUGAUACUGUGAAUAAUACAGCAGAAAAUAAUGUGGAUUUAACUUGCCAGCAAGAUACUGGUCAGUCUGAAGAUGUCAGUGAGACUAUAGAAAAGUCUCUUGCCCCCUCCAAGCUCAAUGGCUUGAGUCCAGCUCUAGAAAAGCUGGUAAAGGAGGCCUCUGAAACUCCACCUCUUAAACCAAGACAUGCAGACAGUACAGGACAGAGGACUGCUGAGAUGCAGGCUAAAAACACCAAGUAUGAGCAAGAUGAAGAGUCACUGCAAGAAAUCAGUGAGACUGUAGAGAAGUCUGUUGCUCCUUCCAAGGCCAGUAGCUUGAGUUCUUCUCUGGAGAAACUCCUGAAGGAAGCUUCUGAAACACCACCUCCUAAACCAAGACGUGUGGACAUGACAGUACAGAGGACUGCUGAGAUGGAAAUUAAAAACAUUGCCUGUGAGCAUGAUGGAGAAUCACUGCAAGAAGUCAUCGAGACCAUAGAGAAAUCUGAUGCCCCUGCUAAGGUCAUUGGCUUAAGUUCAGCUCUAGAAAAACUGCUAAAGGAGGCUUCUGAAAUGCCACCUCCUAAACCAAGACAUACAGUACAGAGGACUGCUGAGGUGCAAGCUAAAAACACAAAGCAUCAGCAAGAUGAAGAGUCACUGCGAGAAAUCAAUGAGACCAUACAGAAGUCUGUUGUUCCUUCCAGGGCUAGUAGCUUGAGUUCUUCUCUAGAGAAGCUGCUGAAGGAGGCCUCUGAAACACCACCUCCUAAACCAAGACGUGUGGAUGGCACAGUGCAGAGGACUGCUGGUCUACAAGUGGGAAAUGUGACCUGUCAUUACAAUGGUGAGUUGCUGCAGGAAACUGGCAAGCCCCUGGAAACAUCUGCACUGUCUGAGGCUAGAAAUAAAGUAUUGGAUGUUAAUUUGCAGAAGGUACUGAAAGAUGUCUGUGAAACACCAGCUUCUACACUAGAAAAUAUGGAUAAGAAAAUGCAAGGUAAAAUACCAGCCAGUCAAAGUAUGUGUACGCCACAUCAAGAAGAAGAUCACCCUAAAGAAAUUCAAGAAACAAUCGAAAAAACUUCUUUUUCAAAUGGUGAAAAAUUCAAAGAAUUCAGUAGCUCCUUAGAAAAACUUCUUCAAGAAGCAUCUGAAGCUUCAUCUCCAAUAUCCAACAAGUUAAAUAAACAAGAAAAGUUUGGGAAUAGGGUGUUUCCAUCACAAACAGAGACUCUAGUCAUGACAGUGUCACAGCCUUAUGAUAGUGCUUUACGUAGCUAUCAUAAACAGAUGAAGACAGCUAUUGAGAGUGGAGUUCCGGAACAAAAUGCCAAGGCUUCAGUAGAUGACCUUGCAGCUUCCAAGCUCCUUAAAAUAAAUGGGGCUGUUAUUAAAAAAGAACAGAGAAACACACCGCCAAUGGAUGUUCCUCCCUUGCAAGGAGAGACCAAUACAGUGAUCAAGCCAUUCAAGAUAAAUGAAGUAGGAAGGAAAGAUGAGAGCACAUCCUUGAAUGCCUCUGAAGUUAAUUUACAAUUAAAAGAACUGCUGAAAUUGAGAAGAACAAGCACGCCUCUUAAAGAUGAGAGCAGUUCUCCUCAGCUAGAAGGAGCUCAGUUCAGCCUGGCCUUUCGGCAUGAAGAUGAUGAAGAUGACGAUGGCUUGAAUUUGGGAUCCAGGUUUUCAGAUGAAAACUCUGAUUACUAUUCUGGAACUGGAAGUUCAACUCGUUCAGAAGAAGAAUUAAAUCCUGUUUUGAUGGCUUUGAAAAGGAGUGCAGAUAGGAAAAUGCCUUCCAAAAGUCUAGAGGACAUUCCAUCAGCCACCUCAAGUGAGCACAAAGCUUAUAAAGGAAAAAUAAAUAUUCCAAGGGAAGAAUUAGCUCUUAGUGCUGAAGAUGGUCUGGAACCUGAUCAGCAUCAAGAAAGGAAUGAAAAUGGAGCAGGAAUUUCCACAGUGCCUUCACAGCCUGAUAAGCCAUUUUCCAAUCCUGAAAAAGUCAAAGGACUGAGCAAGUCAGUACCGUCAUUCCUACAGGAAGAGAGUGAUGACAGAGAGACAGAUACAGCAUCAGAAAGCAGUUAUUCCUUUGGCAGAAUCAAGAAGAGUCCCAGCUCUCUAACCAAUCUUAGCGGUUCUUCUGGCAUGGCCUCCUUAUCCUCUGUGAGUGGAAGUUUAAUGAGCGUCUAUAGUGGAGACUUUGGCAGUGUUGACGUGAAAGGGAACAUUCAGUUUGCUAUUGAUUACGUAGAACAACUGAACGAACUCCACAUUUUCAUUUGCCAAUGUAAAGACUUGGCAGUUGCAGAUGUCAAGAGACAGCGUUCAGACCCGUACGUGAAGACAUACCUGCUUCCAGAGAAAUACAAGCUGGGCAAACGGAAGACCUCGGUGAAAAAGAAAACUUUUAAUCCAGUCUACAAUGAAAUACUGCGGUACAAAAUUGAGAGAGACCUCCUAAAGAACCAAAGCCUUAAUAUCUCUGUCUGGCACAACGAUACCUUUGGGAGGAAUAGCUUCCUUGGUGAAGUGGAGCUGGAUUUAGGAACUUGGGACUGGAAUGAUAAAUCCAACAAGCAGAUCAACUGGUUUCCACUCAAGCCAAGGACUUCAGCGAUGGCUUUUGAACUAGAAAACAGAGGGGAGAUGAAACUAGCCCUCCAGUAUGUUCCACAACCUGUUGGAGGAAAGAAGAUUCUGUCCACUGGUGAGGUCCACAUCUGGGUGAAGGAAUGCCAUGAUCUUCCUCUUCUGAGGGGCAACAGACUCAACUCUUUUAUUAAGUGUACGAUUCUUCCAGAUACCAGCAGAAAAAGUCGCCAGAAAACAAGAACAGUGUCAAAAACUACAAACCCAGUGUUCAACCAUACCAUGGUCUAUGAUGGUUUUAGACCAGAAGAUUUGAAAGAAGCCUGUGUAGAACUCACAGUCUGGGAUCACAACAAACUUGUCAACCAUUUUCUGGGAGGUCUCAGGAUAGGCCUUGGAACAGGCAAGAGCUACGGAACUACAGUAGACUGGAUGGAUUCCACUUCAGAUGAAUCUGCCCUGUGGGAGAAGAUGAUAAAGUCGCCCAACACAUGGGUGGAAGAUACACUACCUCUCAGGAUGCUAAUGGUUGCAAAAUUGACAAAAUAAGGUGGCUCUCUAAUUGCUAGUGGCAAAAAGAAUUCUUGGGAAUGGAAUUAAAAGGUGUGGAGGUGAAGCUUGGAAGAGGAACACAAUAGCUCUUUUGAUGGUCUGCUCCAUGGCUGUGCUGUUUUUGUGCUAGCAAGCGUCACUUCAUAUUUCAAAGUAUUUAUGCAAAUCUAAGGGGCUAUCUCUUCUUCACUGAAAAUAUAUUCAAGUAAGAAUGCACUUAGAGAAUUCAGUGGUAGAGGGAUCUGUGAUUCCUGAAUGCUCGUGUUGCCUAAUUGAAGUGUUGCUUAUUCCUUAAAUCUAAAUUGCCAGCAAAAAAAGAAAAGCGAGUAAACUUGUUGCACUCCCUGGAUUGUUUGUUUGUGAGGUGUUGUUAAUGACUGAAUAGCAACAGGUGGCAUUUUGUUCAGGCUCCUCAGCGUCUGCCUACAGCUGAAUCCUCACUAUGCUACGUUGGAUCUCUCCAGCAAGGACUGUGCAGAACGUCUUUUUUAAAGCCCCUUUCACCUGUAGUUGUACUUUUAUACGAUAUAGAAGUUGCUUCUGUAAUGGGAGCAGCACUACAUGAAGUGGCACUGUUGAUAUCUUAUUCUGCAAGGUGCAGAGGACUGUUAAUUCCACUUCACUAGGAAAAAAUAACUUUAUAAAGUUUGCUUAUAUAUUUGUUCAUCGCCUUGCUAAUACAUCAACAUUGCUUUUAAUUGCUGAAGGCAUUGGAGUCACACUUCUUCAUUCAAAUGCUACUCUAAAGGAGCUAUGCUUGUUUGAAUGAUGAUUACUGUAUUGGGUAUUUAUUUUGUAAAGUGCACUCAUUAUCUAUACGUGUUCCUGUUAGCUUCUGUUUUGCCAAAAGUCAUUUCUCUGUUCUUCAGCGCCACCCUUAGGAGAACGCUGGGAUUAUGGCAGCCCUGGUUUAGAGAGCUCUGCAGCACGUGAAAUGGGACAGGAAUUUGUCACUUGUAGAAAUGCAUGCCACUAAAGGAAGAUAAAUGCGAAAAAGACAAAGCGUAUUACUUCUUAAAAAAAAAAAUAAAAGCAGCCUUAAAUCUAAAUAAUUUGUUUAUUAAAACUCAAUGCUUCGUUAGCUACGCUGUAUGAGUAUGCAGUAUAAUGAAACAGGUGGAAAAUGGUUCUGAAAAUAAAUGUGCAUUUAUUUGCUGCAACUGCAAGGACCUAGAGGCUGGUAAAAUCCUGCGUCUAAGAUCAGGGAGAGAAAAAUGGCUCUUCACAGCUCCAACUCAGUUGCUUAAUUUAAUCUUAAAAAUGUAAAUGCUCGGACUCUUUGGUAUUUGUUGUACGCCAUGAAUGGGAUGAAGGAAAGGUGCUGUUCAGCCUGCUGGGCAACAGCCGUUGUUUCAACAGCUAGGCAGUCUGGAGAUGACAAAUGCCAAGAGGAGCCGUUGGUCUCCAUCCCUGAUUGCCUCGGUUGUUGUGGAUGAGAUCAGCAGCUGGUACAGAUUGCACUUGGCUUAUCACAAUCACCGCCCAUCCAGGGGUGGCUAUCUGAGAACACAAAAGCAAAGUAACUGCUGUACCAUUUAAGUACGGAUACGUUGUUCUGAAGCGUGGUGCGCACAUUAGCUCAUACUUACACAGGAACAAUCAUUUGUUUAAGUGUGGCAGGCAGCUGUUUAUUUGUAUUCGCUGGCUACAGGAUUUCAUUUUCACCUUAAAAAGUUGCUCAAAAACAUGACCAACAACUGAAGAGGUAUAUAAAUUUUUGUUGUUUUGUUUCCUGUGAAGCCUAAAUACGUUGCGGUGUCAAAGUAGUUUGGGGACCUCGGCUCAGAGAUGGGGUCUUGAAGCUUUAGAUUUGCAGGCAAGUGCUGUGUAAUCUCCUGCGUUCUGUACUGUACAAAAUCCAGUAGUUAAAAACGUAAUUGCUAUCCAAAUAAAACUUCUGUGACAAUAUUAA